AUGUCAGAAGUAUCUUUAAAAUCAAUCUUGGAAAGAUGGCACAAAUCUUCAUGCCAUCUGCUGGACCUUCGUUUUUUAAACGAACAUAAUGAUCGAAGGAUUAUUCCAUCUACUUGUAUUCCUUACGAUGAAUUAGACAAACGUCAAUUUGAACUUCCACAUAAAUCUUUACCCUUUUCCGUCCUGGAACCUCGAGGUAACGAAGGAAUUGCAAAGACGUUACUCAUAGAUCGUGGAUGGAAUGUUCAAUGGGUUUUUAUAGAAAGUGAAGAAUUGUGGAAGACUGGGAGAGAACUUGGGAUUGUUGAAGAAGAUGAAGGUUCGAAACUUUGUGAACCGAAAAGGAAAUGGAUAUUAUUUCAACCCUGCCCUUUUCUCGUCAAUACAAUAAAUUUGAUUGAAGAAUCCCUAAGAAAUGCUAAUCGAGAAAAUAUGACAUUUAAAUGUUUAGAUAUUGCAUGUGGUAGUGGAAGAGAUGUAUCAUGGCUUUGUCUGCGUCAAUCUGUAGAGUGGCGUGUCACCGCUAUGGACGCUAUGGACGGGGCCAUUAGUAGAACAAGACAAUUAGCAGAAGGUCUAGGUGUUCUGCACAAGAUUCAAACCAUACAUGCAAAGAUAUUGAGCGACGGGACGCUUAAAUUAUUAUCAUCGAGUAUUGAAGACACCGACGAAAAUAAAUCAUUAAUGUUAAGCUCAAAUCUUGAUUUUCCAACUGAGGGUUAUGAUCUAAUCCUUUGUGUUCGUUUUUUGUGUCGGGGAUUUUUUGGCACCAUGGAAAAAAUGGUGAAAUCUGGUGGUUUCUUAUUGAUUAGUACAUUUGUCGAUGAUAAAUUACACGCAUAUGAUAAACCGAAAGGGGAAUCACAUCGAUUGAAACCUGGGGAGUUGGAAAAAACAUUCCACGAAAAUUUCGAAAUAUUGCAAGAUAAGAUAGAAUUGAUGGAUGACGGGAGACCGGUCAAUUCAUUCCUUGCAAGAAAAAGAUAG